AUGUGUUUAACUGUGGAUUGUAGAUAUGCUGUAGUUACUGGAGCAAACAAGGGAAUUGGCUUCGAUAUUUGCAGACAGUUAGCAAGCAAUGGGAUUAGAGUUGUUUUGACAUCUAGAGAUGAGAAAAGAGGUUUUGAUGCUGUUGAGACACUGAGGCAAGAGACUGGAGUUUCUGAUCAAAGCCUUGUCUUUCAUCAGCUUGAUGUCACUGAUUCUGCUAGUAUCGAAUCUCUUGCCCAGUUUGUGAAAGCACAAUUUGGAAAACUCGAUAUUCUGAUCAAUAAUGCAGGGGUGUCUGGUGUGAUCAUUGAUAUUGAUGCUAUACGCGCUGGAAAAGAGAAAGUAGGUUUCAAUUGGGAAGAAAAUAUCCCAGAGAAUAACUAUGAGCUAGCUAAAGAAUGCUUAGAUAUAAAUUACUAUGGACCCAAGAGAAUGUGCGAGGCGCUUAUUCCCCUUUUGCAGUUAUCUGAUUCUCCUAGAAUCAUCGAUGUAUCAUCCUUCAUGGGUCAACUGAAGAAUCUACUAAACGAAUGGGCCAAAGGGAUACUGAGCGACGCAGAGAAUCUAACAGAGGAAAGAAUUGACGAAGGAUUUGGUUACAAGUGA